AUGGAGAAGCCUUUUGCGAGAAUGCCAGAGCAGGUUUCCAUCAAUCAACAGAAUCAGACCGGGAAAGCAGUGGAAGACGAAGGUGCCUUCUUGAGAGUCUGUGACCAAACUCCUUCAACCACUUCGCUUCCCAUCACUCCAGUAACCGAAGGGUUCUCUGCUACGGCCCCGACUACGCGCCCAGCUAGCGUCACCCUUGAAGAUCCUCGUCCAGAUGCUGAAGAAGUUUUCCGCUUGAAACUACAGCUGGCACAAGCCAGGAACCACAUCUCCAAGUUGGAUCAAGAGCUUGCUCAGUCGCGGUCUGUCAAGGAAUCUGACGCAGCGGUCUCUCGCACUGAAGCGGCUCCUCGAGAGAAUAUUUGGAGCAGAGGCACCCCAGAUGAUACUCAGUCCGAUACUAGUGAUUCUGCCUCAGCCACCGCACUUAAUCGUGCCCGUGGAAUCUGGGGAUCUACAAAGGCGUCCUUCUCCAACAACAACAACUCUCUUCAUCCACCUGCUCCUGAGCCAUCUCCCGCUCACUGGUUUGGUGGCCGAGGAUUUAACCAAAGUUGCGUGGACCCGAACUCGCCUUACAUUCUUGUUGACAGCCAUCGUCCUGAGCGUCAAGCUCCUGAUCACGACAUCAUGCGGCCUCCAUCGAACCGCCGUGGUGCUCGCUUCGACAACCGAAUGAAUCCGAACCACCAGUUUGGAGCCCCAUAUGUCAAUCUCAGCGGCCCAGCUCAUCAGUUUGACUCGGUCGGAGGCCCAGUGCCUGUCCCAAUUCCAGGUGCUCACGUUAGCGUCGGACCAGCAAUGGCUCCAAUGGGCAUUAACAUGUAUCCCCCAUUUCACCAACAAGCCAUUGGCACUCCUCUUUCUCCCCAUGCCUCAGAGUUCACCUCAAAGGCUGGCUGGAAGAAUGAGGUACCCAGCAGUUCGAUGGAAAUCACCCACUACCAUCCACAUGCUGAUGAAAAACAGGUUGUUCCAUCAGAGGGACCAACUUAUCUCCCACCAACAGAGCCUCUUAAUUACCGCCGCCUUCUCGACCGAAACGUGAAUUGCAAUUGGAAGUACAUUGUUGAUAAGAUUGUUUGCAACAAUGACCAACAAGCUUCCAUCUUUCUGCAACAAAAGCUCAAGGUGGGCACACCAGAGCAGAAGUAUGAGAUUGUCGAAGCGAUUGUGGCGCAGGCAUACCCCUUGAUGGUCAACAGGUUUGGCAACUUCCUUGUUCAACGCUGCUUUGAGCACGGAACUCCGGAGCAGGUCAUUAAGAUUGCCGAAGCCAUUCGUGGAAACACUCUGAACUUGUCCAUGGAUCCCUUUGGGUGCCACGUUGUGCAAAAGGCAUUCGACUCGGUCCCAGAAGAAUACAAGGCAAUCAUGGUUCACGAGCUCCUCCGUCGAAUCCCUGAAACCGUGAUUCACAGGUAUGCCUGUCACGUUUGGCAGAAGCUUUUCGAACUUCGAUGGACCGAAUCUCCACCCCAGAUUAUGAAAUUUGUCAACGAAUCUCUCCGAGGAAUGUGGCACGAGGUUGCCCUUGGAGAGACUGGCAGUCUUGUUGUACAGAACAUUUUUGAGAACUGCCUCGAAGAGGACAAGCGCCCGUGCAUUGAAGAAGUCCUUGCCAAUAUCGACAUUGUGGCUCACGGCCAAUUUGGGAACUGGUGCAUCCAGCACAUAUGCGAACACGGAGCGCCCCCUGACCGCAGCCGGGCCAUCGACCACGUCAUCCGGUAUGCCGCAGAGUAUAGCACUGAUCAAUUCGCCUCCAAGGUUGUGGAGAAGUGCCUCAAGAUUGGAAGUGCCGAGUUUCUCGGUCGAUAUCUUGAUCGAGUUUGCGAGGGGCGCCGCGACCGUACUCGCAUUCCUCUGAUUGACAUUGCCAGCGACCAAUACGGAAAUUACCUUAUUCAGUGGAUUCUUAACAACGCUUCUCCUCAACAUCGUGAGAUGGUUGCUGCCCAUAUCCGAAAGCAUAUGGUCUCUCUCAGGGGGUCUAAAUUUGGAUCUCGUGUCGGAAUGCUAUGCACUAACCACGCGGUCACGACUCGCCCCGGCCCCGGUGUUGGGCCCGGUAUGGGCGGCAGCCGCAUUGGAGGACCGGGACCAGCCAGGUUCGGAACCUCUUACCGCUGA